GCACUUCCCCCUCCAAACAGAAUUUUUGCCAUUCCAGUUGACGGGAAACGACUCUCCGUCUGACCGUAGCAACAGAAAACUGACAUAGAUUUUUCCAAUUAAGAAAAAGGAUUCCUUUUUGUAUUAACCAUAUAUCGGAGUCAAGAUGUUCUACACGUGUGGACCCAAUGAAGCCAUGGUGGUGUCUGGCUUUGGCCGUUCUCCUCCUCUAAUGAUUGCUGGAGGGAGAGUGUUUGUCCUCCCAUGUAUUCAGCAGAUCCAGAGAAUCACGCUCAACACCCUGACUCUAAAUGUGAAGAGUGACAAAGUCUACACCCGUCAUGGCGUCCCGAUCUCUGUCACUGGCAUUGCACAGGUGAAGAUCCAGGGCCAGAACAAAGAGAUGUUGGCCACUGCCUGCCAAAUGUUUAUGGGCAAGUCGGAGAGUGAGAUUGCCCAGAUUGCACUGGAAACACUGGAGGGACACCAGAGAGCCAUCAUUGCCCAUUUGACUGUGGAGGAGAUCUACCAGGACCGCAAGAAGUUCUCCGAGCAGGUCUUCAAGGUGGCCUCCUCUGAUCUGGUCAACAUGGGGAUUGGCGUCGUCAGCUACACCCUCAAAGACGUUCAUGAUGAUCAGGACUACCUUCACUCCCUGGGUAAAGCCAGAACAGCCCAGGUUCAGAAGGAUGCCAGGAUCGGAGAGGCCCAGUACAAACGAGAUGCAGUCAUGAGGGAGGCCCAUGCGAUGCAGGAGAAGGUUUCAGCUCAGUACAAGAAUGAGAUUGAGAUGGCAAAGUCCCAGAGAGACUACGAGCUGAAGAAGGCAGCCUAUGAUGUUGAGGUCAACACCAAGAAGGCCGAGUCAGAAAUGGCCUAUCAGCUUCAGGUGGCCAAGACCAAGCAGCGCAUCGAGGAGGAGAAGAUGCAGGUUCAGGUGGUGGAGCGGACACAGCAGAUCACACUGCAGGAGCAGGAGAUCAUCCGUAAGGAGAAGGAGCUGGAGGCCAAGGUGAAGAAGCCUGCAGAAGCUGAGAAAUACAGACUGGAGAGGCUGGCUGAGGCUCACCGCCUGCAGCUUAUCAUGGAGGCUGAGGCAGAGGCCGAGUCCAUCAGAAUGAGGGGCGAGGCUGAGGCUUUUGCCGUGGAGGCGAAGGGCCGUGCUGAUGCUGAGCAGAUGGCCAAGAAAGCGGAAGCCUUCCAGCAGUACAAAGACGGAGCCAUGGUGGACAUGCUGCUGGAGAAACUGCCACUGAUGGCGGAGGAGAUCAGCAAGCCCCUGUCGGCGGCUCAGAAGAUCACCAUGGUGUCCAGUGGCGGCUCAGAGGUGGGAGCAGCCAAACUGACUGGAGAGGUGCUGGACAUCAUGACCAGGCUGCCUGCCGCUGUGGAGAAACUCACCGGAGUCAACAUCGCCCUGGCCGGAGCCACGCCCACCAGGGUGCAUUAAGAAGAAAGGGAGAGUAGAAGUAAUGGGAUGAGGUGUCAACGAUGUUCAGACUAGGAGCUCCACGUCUCCUCCUUGUGCCUAUAACCACUGUAACGACUCUGCAGCACCGUAGUCUUGUCUGAUCGUCUGUGUGCAUGCGUGUGUUUUACCUGUGCGUCUCUUUUUCACUUCCUCCUCCAUCAAAACAUUUCUUUUGUCCUCCGUUCUGUGGUUUCUUUUCAUGUCCCUGAUCUGAGCUGUUGUGCAUUCUGCUGUGGGUGACAGCAGAAGCAGCUGUGAUGGAUGCAAGCUAUUUUAUUUUAUUUUUUACCAGAAAGAGACAAAAGCCUCUAAAUAGGAAUUCCUGUCUUUGUUGUUUUAUACAUGACCUUUUAGUAUGCAAUUUUAAAUUUUUUAACUCAAUCAGCCUCAUUCUCCCUGCAUCGGGACUUGGUCAAUCAAUUGUUAUUAUUUGUUUUUCACUUUUUAAUGUGGUGGCUGUAGUUUCGUGCCUUUCAAUUCAUGAAAUGGUGCUGAGCUCUUUAUCACAGCAUCACCUCAUAGUUUUGUGAGUGGGCAUAUUGUCACUGUAGUUCCAUAGAGUUGACUUAACCUAGCUUCAUGUUCUCCACUUGUCCGUUAUUAAGUGACACAGUGAGGGUGUUGGUAGUUUACUCUACAUGUCGCUUUACUGUGACUGACUGAGUUACUGGGCCCCAAGUCAUCUCAGUGGAAGGAUUUUCUUUGUGGUUCAGAAUGAAGGGGAAGGAAGUGGUUGAAUGGGAACGAGCUAAAGAGGUUUUCUGUUGAAAGCAAUGAAAGUAUGUUUUGGUGUUAAAAACAUUGCCGACUUUUGCUGCUGGGGUUUUGGCCUUUAUAAAUGGCAAAAAAAAAGUAAUGACUGUCACUUACUAACUAACUAACUAACUAACUAACCUGCCUGCUGCUUCGCUGUGAUAGCUGCCUGAACUUCAAACUGGUAUACGGGACAUAGUUUGCUUUUGAUCGUCUGUUUAUUUGAUGUACUGACUUUCCAUUGUAAUGUGAAACUGAGUAUUAUAGAUUGUGACAUUUUUUUAGCUCGUGCAUGUUGCCAUGCACCUCUGAUCAGGAGCUCUCUUUUUUUUCCACUCUUCUCAAACAGUCAAAAGUUUUCCAGCUGCAAAGCCAUAUGCAUUUUGUUACCGCCAAGUGCCUGGUCCAAACUCUUCAGUCAAGUUGACUUCUUUACUUAAGCCUCUUAUACUUCUCUGUCAGGGAACAUUUCCUCAUAUCCAGCUGAUCCUAAGCCAAUGGCCAUCACUAGCGACGGCCGUAGAUGAAAGCCAAAUCAGUCUAUUGGUGUUUAACGUUCUUGUGACUAAUCUUUCACUUUCCUAAAAAAAACGUGUUGCUGCAUGGCUGUAGUUUAAGUUGACAUAAGUGAUUAUUGCAUAGCUUUGAAGUUGUAUACAAGUAAAAUAUUCAAGAUUUAUCUGUAGUGAAAUGUUCUAAAGAUGUAGACAAUAAAAUAUUGUUUAAUCACUGAAA